CUGCUUGCAUGGUAACUCGAGCGUUAAUGUCCUAAAUAUACACUCUCUUGGUUAGGUAUGACACUACAGUUUUGGAUAGGUGGUCUAAAAUUGUGUAAUCUGUGUCCUAGGGCUUAUCGGUGUCUUGAACACUUCGGCCUACUAGAACAGACAUAGAUGGGCUUCAAAUUUUCCCAUUUAUGUGACCUACUUUCGUCUCUUGAGAAUAACAAGAUUUUGAAGGCCACUACUGAAGCAAGGAACCAUGACCCAGACGUCCGGACCCUAACUCACUGGUUCCAGCAACAUGGCAAGCGGCUCCGCGAUAAAGACACGGACCAAUUGGCCGUUCUCUCGUGCAUGUUCCCCGAAAAGCGAGUAGACAGGGUCUACUGGUUAAAGGACACCUCGCUGGCAAGAGUAAUAGGCCGAUGUCUUCUUCUCGGGUCGUCUCGGCGCGAAGAGCUCGACCGGUGGCGCGCUUCCGGGGGCAUAGACCUAGCACAAUGUGUGGAGAACGUCAUGCGACAGGCGGAGAACCACAUUCUCGAAGGUCAGGAAGUCACUGUGGAGGAGAUCGACGCUGUGCUGAAUAGAGUUGCGUCUCGGUGUAGGUUUUCUGGGCCUCGGUUGCGCAGACAGAGGGCGGCGGUUGAUGUGGAUGAGGCGCUGUCUCCUCUAUAUCGACGCCUGCAUAGCAGAGACGCGAAGUGGCUAACUCGGAUGAUCCUCAAAAGCUAUUCUCCUGUUGUUCUACCGCUGAAUUUGACGCUAAGGAGCUUUCAUUUCUUGCUUCCCCAUCUUCUCCUUUUUCAGGAUUCUUUUGAAGCCAUGGUAAAUAUGCUGGCGGCUGAGCCAAUCAGUCAUUUCCCGCCACACCCGGAACCUGGUCUUGCUAGGGACUUGGGGAUCAUAGCUAUGCAACAUUUGAGCCCGGUGGUUGGGGUUAAGAUCGGACGGCCUGAUUAUUAUAAGGCUCGGAGUAUCAAACAUUGUUGCCAGAUGAUCGGCCGCCGUCGCAUGAGUAUGGAGAGGAAGUACGAUGGUGAAUAUUGCCAGAUACAUAUUGAUCUCUCGAAGCAUUCUAGUUCUAUUCGAAUAUUCUCUAAAAGUGGUAAGGAUUCUACUGCAGAUAGGUCAGGGGUCCAUCAGGUUAUCAGAGAUUCGUUGAGAAUUGGAAAGCCUGGCUGCAAGUUCUCUCGUCGGUGUAUCCUCGAAGGUGAACUAUUAGUAUGGAGCGACCGACAUGGUAAAAUCAUGGACUUUCACAAGCUACGCAAAUUCAUAACACGGUCUGGCACGUUCAUCGGAACGGAGGGUGAUUCUCCGCCACAGCUUUAUGAGCAUUUAAUGAUUGUGUUUUUUGAUAUUCUACUCCUUGACGAUGAUGUCUGUUUGAGAAAACCGCACCGAGAGCGACGGUUACUAUUGAAAGACGUGAUACAAGUAAUUGCAGGUCGUGCUGACAUUUCCGAGCAACGGGUGCUAGACUUCUGUCGGCCUGGGAGCCAGUCGCAGCUAGAAAGUAUUUUCGCUAAGGGCGUCGCUGAGCGAUGGGAAGGGUUUGUCUUAAAAGGUUGUGAAGAGCCUUAUUUUACCACCUUUCCCAGCCGAGAAAAUGGCUCCUAUGGCCGCUGGAUCAAACUGAAGAAAGAUUAUAUCCCUGGUCUGGGAGAUACAGUAGACCUUGCGAUCAUUGGCGGACGGUAUGAUUCUCGCGACGCUGUUGGGCUGAAACAGAUCAACAAGCUAUCAUGGACGCAUUUCUUCAUUGGGUGCCUCGUCAAUAAAGACGCCGUUCUGCAGUCAGGUUCUAAACCCAAGUUUCGGGCAGUCGAUUUAAUCAACCAUCAUUGCAUGAGUGUGAAGAAUAUGCAGAUUCUCAAUCAGUUCGGGGAGUACAGCGCCUGCGGUAUAGAUUCAGGCCAUGGCUUCGAUAUAGAGUAUGGGGCGAACAAUUUGCCACGUAUAGAUGCUGUUUUCAAGACUCCAUUCGUCGUCGAGAUGCUGGGUAGCGGGUUUGAGAAACCAUCCGGCGCCAGAUAUUAUACGCUUCGUUUCCCGAGAAUCUUGAAGAUCCACUGGGAUAGAUCAUUUGAGGAUGCAGCAUCAUUUAAAGAGCUGCAACUUCUAGCCGAAGAUGCCCGAUCAAUGCCAUCAGAUGAAUUAUUAGAAGAAAACGAGUGGAACAAACGCCUGAAGCUGGGGAACGGCUCAUCGGAGUAUAUCAUCAACCGAUCACAGAGCUUGACGAGUUCUUCAGGACUGACACAAAGCCCGGUAAAAGGGCACAUAUUAAAUGGAGCUACGCAGCCUGCUGUUGACGGGACAUCUAUCCAGAACUAUUCCAGCAGUCCCGUUAAGGAAGACAGCGAAGGACCGCCCGCACUCGCACGUCCUAUUCCUAUUUACGUGGACGAAACGAUAGUAUCAAUAUCGUCUGAUAACUCGGACAUCCACGGCAACUUUCUAACCACGAAUGACAACCUCUCGUCGCACCAAAUCUCCUAUCAAAAGAACAAUGUUUCUUCCACUGAUUCCGUGAAACAAAAGAAUAGCAAACCAUCCGACGAGUCCGAGAACAGCAACGCAUCAACCUACUCAAACAUGUCAUCUACACAAACCAAUUUCCCCUCUACACAAGACUUAAAAGCCCUCAAAGAGCAUGCUGACAUCUUGACCUGUUCAUCAAGAAUCAAUAAUCCACCACCACAAAAGCCCCUAAACCCCAUCAAAUCUCUCCACAUGACCCUCCCCAUCCACAUCAUACAAAGCAACCCACCGACCUCACAAAUCCCCAAAAUCAACCUUCCCCUAACCUACAUACCAAAUAUGAACACCUUCCUCAAAUCACUCACCACACCAGCCCUAGGCCUUCUCCUCUUAAAGCCCAUUGAAACACCUCUAGGCCCGACUCUCCUUGACCUAACCACCGCUCUUUACAAAAGACUCCAACCCUAUUCCAGCAACAGUCCAACAAGUGGAAAGAUCUUCCUCCUGGAUUCUUCCUUCCUAGAUCAUGGAACGGUUAUAACUGAUCCUAGACUUUCUCAUCGAACAAGGUGGGAGGAGAUCGGGAGGAAGCACUUCUAUGCUUCUGUUUCUUGGGGUUCGAAGGGGAGAAUCGAUGAGAUUCCCUGUACGCCUUCGGACGGGGGCUACAAGGGGAGUCUCGACUUGGGACCUAGGGUUUCUAUUGAGUUCGACAGGGGUGCAUUGGGCAUUAUGGAAUUGAAUGGACCUUUGAGAGUGGUAUGA